GAGCAGAGCAGGUAUAUAAAGACCUGGAGUCCAGCUGAGCUGACAUCAAGCUCACGAUGAAGGCUCUGAUUCUCCUGGCUCUGUUCGCAGCAGCAUUUGCUGCUCCCUUGGAUGAUGACGACAAGAUUGUUGGAGGCUACGAGUGCAGAAAGAACACUGUGCCCUACCAGGUCUCUCUGAACGUCGGCUACCACUUCUGUGGAGGCUCCCUGAUCUCCAGCACCUGGGUGGUGUCUGCUGCUCACUGCUACCAGUCUCGCAUCGAGGUGCGUCUCGGUGAGCACAACAUCGCUGUCAACGAGGGCACAGAGCAGUUCAUCAGCUCUGCUAAGAUCAUCCGUCACCCCAACUACAGCAGCAGGAACCUGGACAAUGACAUCAUGCUGAUCAAGCUGAGCAAGCCCGCCACUCUGAACAGCUACGUGAAGACUGUGUCCCUGCCCUCCAGCUGUGCCAGUGCAGGCACUACUUGUCUGAUCUCUGGCUGGGGCAACACCAGCGCUUCUGGAAGCAACUACCCUGAUCGUCUGAUGUGCCUGGAUGCUCCCAUCCUGAGCGACACUAGCUGCAGAAACUCCUACCCUGGACAGAUCACCGCCAACAUGUUCUGUGCUGGAUUCCUGGAGGGAGGCAAAGACUCCUGCCAGGGUGACUCUGGUGGCCCCGUUGUGUGCAACGGUCAGCUGCAGGGUAUCGUGUCCUGGGGCUACGGCUGCGCCCAGAGGAACAAUCCUGGAGUCUACACCAAGGUCUGCAACUUCACCACCUGGAUUCGCAACACCAUGUCCUCCAACUAAACGUUCCUUCAGAGCCACUUGCUGUGAGAUAAAAAAGUAAAUAAAACAUGGGACAAGAAAGUGUUUAUUUCUAUAGUAAAUAAGAAAGGCCAAUAAUGUUACUGUUCUGGUCUCG